GGUUAGGUAUUUUUCAAGAAAGAAAAAAGGAGAGAAAAGAGGACGCAGAGAGGAGAGUAAAGAACAGAGAGAGCUAGCAUAGGAAAAAAACAAAGAGAACGAGAGGGACAAUCAUCUCCAGUCUAUCCUACAAUGUCAAAAAGAGUUCACCAAACCUACGGGUUUUCUAGAAACUCUUAGCGGCAAAAAAAGGAAGGCUUUCUUCAGUUUCAGAGGCAGAAAAGCAAAGGUUUUCACCUGCCUGCACCUCACUUUCUGCAUUCGAAACAGCCGCAUCAGCAGGACUUGUGAAUGAAAUGACCACCACUGCUAGAUUUUCCAUCAUUGAAUAUGGGAAAAAUUCUGAACUGUCACAAUUGACUGAAGGGGAUUACCCUAGAAACGAUGUUAAGAAAUUAUCACCAAUCAAGAAUCUGAAUUGCACAGUGAAUGAGGUGAACAAGUUGAUAGCUCACUCCUAGAAUGUGGAUGAGAUUGCAUUUCUUAGGAAAUAUGGACGUUUAGUAGAGAUUGCAAAGGUAGAAGUUUUAAACUCAGCAGUGUGAGCCCAAGUUCACUUUUGGGAUUCGGAUUACCGCUGUUUCUCUUUUAGGAGCAUAGACUUAUGUCCCACUAUGGAGGAAUAAGGGAUGUUGAUUGAGUUUCCAAACCAGCUGCAUAGGGUUUUGCUUUCCUUUGAGAUCUGACAAGAUCAUCCCCGAACUGUCAAGGCUGCUCAGAAUCUCCAACGUGGAAAUGUUUUUAGAGAAGAAUGCUACCGGUUUGAAAUGGAAGAUGCUAGAAGUUGAACUGGAAAAGAAGUCAAGAUCAGAAAAAGAAAGAUUGAUUGCCUUGGGCAUGUUUGGCCUUAUGUUAUUCCCAAGCCAAACAGGUGUAAUAAGUUUGGAGGCCGCAGCUGCUUAUGUAGAAUAUGAGAAUACCCAAAUCAAUCCAAUGGCUGUUAUUUUAGCUGAAACCAUCCUGACACUUAACCAUUGUAAGAGGGCUGGAAAAGGAGCAAUGAGGUGCUGCACGCAGUUGUUGUAUAUCUGGAUGGUUAGCCAUAUUGAGACGAAAAAAUCUAUCUUCAAUAAUUUUUGGUGGUUGAACCAAAGACCACUGAGGAUAGUGGAAGAAGAAGAAUGGGGAGGUUUAGACAACCAAGGCUGGGUAGGCAAACUAGAAAAUUUGCCUGAUAGUAAUUUCAACUGAAGAGCCCCGUGGGUCACUACAGUGGAUGUCUUAGUGAGUUGUGGGCAAAGACGCUGGGUGCCUUUGUUAGGGAUCACAGGUUAUAUAAGUUAUGCUCCUGCCCUUAUGAUAAGACAACUUGGAGGCAUACAAUUUGUUCUAAGGACUAUGGGAAUUGCUUAAUUUUUUGGUUUGUUCAAAGAUCCCAUUGCACAAGAAGUUUUGGAGAUCAUCAAACAAGAUUGGAAGCAUCUGGUUUUGGUUGAGAUGAAAGGUUUGAGGGAUCCAAGUGCUAGUGAAGAAUAAUCAAGAUGGAGAGACUUAGCUACUUCGGUCAUGCCUUACUCGAAAGUCAGAUCUUUCCAAGCUGUUGAAGAGCCGAGUAAAAGGAAAAGGAUGAGUAGUGAAGAAGAGCUGAGAAGACAAGUGGAAAAGCUUCAGAUAGAAUUGAGCAAGCGUAAAAAAGACAAGACACUGUUAGAUGAAAUGAUGCUUGAAGGGGACAAAAGGAGAGCCUUUCUAGAUGAGCAAAUACAGUCUAAAGAUGCGAGAAUAUCAAAGCUGGAGUUGAAGCUGGGAGAGGAGAAGAUUGCUAGGGAAGAAAGUGAGAAGGAGCUAAAAGGAUUAAGUUUAGACUGGAUGCAAAGUUGCUCUGAACUUGAAAUAUUGAAGAUUGACUUCAAUGACUGUCAAGGAAGCAUAGAAUAUUACCGAGAGAAAUUUGCACAAGUUGAGGUUGAGCUGAUGGAUAGAAUUGGAAAAUAUGAGGAAUUAAGUAAGAAAUACGUGGAGUUGGAAAGCCAAUUAACUGAGUUUGCAAAAGAGGAAAGUAAGAAAAAAGGUGUUGAGGUUAUUGAGGCAGAGUUAGCGGCUAAGAGGAAUGAGAUGAAAGUUCUUAAGAUAAAGCUUGACAAGGAACGCGAAAAGGUGAAGUAUCUGGACGAGAAGUUAGCAACAAUAGAAAAACACAAGGAUCAAAUCGAUGCCAACAAUGUUGCUUUGAACAAAACCAAUAUGUUGCUAAUAGAAAAGAUGACCAAGAUGGAUGAGCAAAUGGACGAAGUAGCUGGGCAUGCUCGGAUUGUUAGAAUCAAUGCUCGAAAUGUGGAGGAGACAUCGUUCGCUAUCCCCAAAGUUUGGCUGAAACCUAUGCCUUUUAGGGGAAAAUUAAGAACCGCGGCUUUGCCUUCUUACCUUUGGCUAGAGAGGUGGUGGAGGAAAUAGAUUAAUGUAUUUUGUAUUUCUUUUAUAUUUCUAAAAAAAUGUAAUGAACUUAUCAAGCAUUAAUGAGAAGGGCAUUGACCCACCUUUUGUGCAAAA